CAGAAAGGGCUUCCAUCCCCUCCCAACCCCCAUAAAUAGGCUCUGAGAUCCAUCAGCUUCUCCAUAACCGCCCACCAUGGUCUCCUCAAACUUGUCCGACGCUAUCCACAGCAUCCGCCUCUCCACCGUAGUUCCCGGAGACGUCACUCCGGCGAACACCGUUCACCAUCUCACCGGCGGCGAUCUCGCCCUGAAGCUUCACUAUCUUAAAUCCGUAUACUAUUUCCGUCCAAGCGAUGUUUUGAUGGGCCUAACCAUUCCUUCCCUCAAGAAACCCAUGUUCCCCUUACUGAACAUCUAUUAUCCGGCGGCCGGCAGAAUUCGCCGCGACGAGACCGGCCGGCCGCACAUCAAGUGUAACGACGGCGGCGUCAGAAUUGUGGAGGCGUGCUGUGAUUUGACGAUGGAAGAGUGGCUGGACCGGAAGGAAGUGGACCGCAACCGCCGGCUUUUUCCGGAUAAGGCGGGGGGGGUUGGACCGGAUAUUUACUUCUCCCCAACUGUCUUCAUUCAGUUCACCAGAUUCAAAUGUGGAGGAAUGGCAAUUGGUUUUAGUUGGGCUCACCUCCUCGGAGAUGCAGUUUCGGCUUCAAAUUUCAUCAACCUCUGGGGACAACUACUAUCCGGCAAAGAAAUACCCAAAAACUUCCAGCUCCACAACCUGAAAAAUGAUCCAGAAAAAUCAAUUCCAGCAGAACUGGACUCUGUACUACCCAGCUCAGUUGAGCAAGUCAAACAGGUAGGGGAUUUCUGGUUAAAUUCAAAUACUCAACGGAUGGCUACAUUUUCCAUUGAGCUUACAGCAACCAAGUUGAAUUACCUGCAAUCAAAAAUUUCUACAAAAAUAUCAAUAUUUCAAACAAUUGCAUCCCUAUUGUGGCAAAACAUUGCAAAAAUUAGAGCAGAAAAAGAGCCCAAGCUGGUGACAGUUUGUAGCAAUAGCUCCAUUGAAAGCAAUGGGAUUCUCAGUAACCAGAUAAAAGUUAAGACUGUCGCAUCAAAUUCAUCACCAGCCAAGACUGAGCUGCUAGAAUUGGCCAAGCUGUUAAAUAAAGAAGCCAUUGAUGAGAUGAAAUCAGUACAAGAUUUACUAAAUAGAGAGACUGAGAAACUAGAUGUCAUUCUUUAUGGUUCAAACCUCACUUUUGUUGAUAUGGAAUCAAUCAACUUCUAUAAGCUGGAGCUUAAAGGACAGCAACCAGUUCAUGUGGAAUACAACAUUGAUGGUGUUGGUGACGAAGGAGCAGUACUGGUGCUUCAAGGUCAUGUUGGCACAAGUGGAAGAGUGAUAUCAUUAAUACUGCCAGAAGAGGAGAUUCUCCAGCUUAGGGAGUUGCUUGAGAAUGAUUGGGGUAUAGCAUAAUAAGAUGCAAUGGUUGCCUUGAAUAAAAAUAAUUAAUUUAUAUGUCGCAAACUGAAUAACUCCUAAUGCAAGCUUUAGAUGUCUCUGAAUAAAAUUAUUUGUGAGCUCUUCAGGAAGCAAGAGAGUUGAUUGGCAAAUUGCUCAAUUACUUUAUAUGUAUGAUGCAACAGUUUAACAUAUUUUAGUACUCAACCACUAUAUGCCUAAGUAUAUCAUGUUUGUUAUGUAAUAUUAAAAAGGUUGAAGAUGUCCCCAUGUAUAUGCUAUCUAUCUAGCAAGUUCAUGUAAUAUUUUUCUUUCUAAUCCUUUUAUGUCUAUUUUUUCAAUAACUUUUUUUCAAUAAUUGCAGUCCCAUCAUUUUUCUUGUAUAACUAUUUUUUCAUCUCAAUCUUCUUAAUUUAACCAAUCAUUCAUCUUAACAUUUUAAUUUCUACAACUCUCUAAUUGAAAUUAAU